AUGAGGACGCUGGCUCUCCUCGCUGCCCUUCUCCUGCUGGCCGUCCAGGCCCACAGCGCAACUCUGCCCGAACCAGCGGAGGAGGUCCCAAACCAGAACCAGCCAGAGGAUGGGGAUGAGGAAAUGGCCAAGACCUUCUCAGGGGCCGGAAACUCUACUCUCCCUGAUGCAGACUGUCAGGGCCGGCAGGAGGUGGACGGUGCAGAGCUGGAGCCUGUUCUGGAGAUGACGGAGCGCUGCUCCAUCUCCCAUGUUGGUCCCAGUGCUCCCAGGCUCCAGGCUGGACGAUACUGUUACUGCCGAAUAGGAGACUGCCAGGAUAGGGAACACUCUUUGGGCACCUGCAUUUACGGCAAACAAAUCUACAGAUUCUGCUGCUGA